AUGGAUAAUACUAGCGUAAAUCAUAUUGAUAACAAUGGAAAUGACGAAGUUAAACAUGGAUACGACUACGUUCGGAAUUUGAAUUCCGGUGAUGAUGAAGAUGAUCAAAGCGUGUCGAUUGUCGAGAGUUCAGAAGGAAUAAAGUUUUUUACCCCAAAGGUUGAUGACACGCUUAAGCCAAAGACCAACGCACAAUAUGCAUCUAUAAAUGAGGUUGAAAAGAUGUACAAGACUUACGCGGACAAUGCCGGCUUUGAUGUUCGUGUUCAUGCAAAAAAAAAAAAAAAAACGAACAAGCACGACGAUAUUCAAACUAGGUGGUUGGUCUGUAGCAGGCAGGGAACCCCAAGAAAAAAAGAUUUUGAUUCGUUGGAUAUGCAUGCGGGUGAGAGGAGAUACCGCAAUACAAACAUCAAACGUUCUGGGUGUAAUGCAUGUCUAAAAAUACAUUUGAAGAAGGAUAGGGCUUGUUACGAGAUAUAUGAGUUUGUUGAGGCACAUAACCAUGCAUUGUUCGAUAUUAAUUUUCGUCGUUUCUCUCGGAAGAAUAGACAGAUGAAGUAUACAGACUUCAAAAMUGUACUAAAUAGCUCGAGUUACAAAGUUGGUGCGAGAAGGGCUCACCGUAUUCAAACCGCAUUGAACGGGGGAUUUGAACAUACGCGAGUUUCCAAAAUCGACUUCAAGAAUUUUAAGAGGGAUGCUGUUGCUUGUGUUGGGAAUAAGGACACGAAUAUGUUGAUCAAUAAAUUAUCAAACAGACGGGAUAUUGUCCCCCAUAUGAACAGGCAUACAAUGAUCUUCGUUCCCUUCUUGGCUGUUGACGACCAUAAGGCGUCCGUUGUUGUCGAAUCCGCUCUAAUAAGCGGCAAGACAAUUGAUAACUUUUCAUGGAUUCUAAAGGCUUUUCUAAAAUGUCAUGAUAAGCAACCUUUGUUCGUGAUUACAGACCAAUGUUCGACGAUGAAACAGGCUAUCCAGAUGGUUAGUGCCGCACUAAAUCAUGAUCCUAGCUUCAAUAAAGUUAUCAAUAAGCUCGUAUGGAACAUACAUAUUGGGCCAACGGAGUUCGAGACUCGGUUGGCAUGA